AAAUCCCUGUGGUCACUUAAACUAUCAUAACUUAUUCGUGGGCAGGCUUGUAUUGCGGACUUUUUACGCUACGCAAGACUCGCAACCCUGUCGCGACUUGGUUUGCUCGCUUAUUCUGUCCGGUUCGGCCAAUUAUAAGCCGUUUAGUCUAGGACACUGGUUGUCAAUAGUUCCUGCGGAGAAAGCUGGAAAAGCGAGUUUCCCGAGACGCGGAACAUCCUGUUCCCUGGGCAUCGGCUUGCACAGCCCCAGCUGUCGUUAAUUGACUAUUAUUCAGCAACUUGAAGUAAUCAGCAGCUAGCGGUGCUACACUUGUGACUGUGUGCUAAAGUUAAGUCCGUAUUGACCAUCAGCAGUGAUGGGAGGCCGUGGAAGCAAGAAAACAGAGGAGGAAGGUUCAGAUGCUCAGACUGCGGAGCAGAUUCAGGAGCAGCCCCAAAGCGAGGCGCCUGAGCGCACCGAGACUGCAACCUCGACUGUUGCAGGACUGGAGGGCGCGACCAGCGUGCUGGAGCCACUCCCCGUGCACACGGACGAGAGCGGGGACAGCAGCAAGGCUAGCCUGAAGCACAAUGACUCGCACGGCUCCCACCUCCAUAUGGGAAUGAAAAUCAGCAGCACCGUGUCGUUUGGGCAGCUGACGGAGGAGGUCAGCAAGCCCCUGUCCAAGGCCCGCUCCGCGCUGAAGAGCGUGCACAGCCGCAUGGACCUCAUCCAGGAGUACCACCUGCGUGAGGUGGCGGCUGCGGCGCUGAAGCGCGAGAAGGCCAUGGACUGGCUGCCCGAGUACCGGCCCAUCAGCGUGGUGCCGCCCUCCCGCGGCCGCCUCACGCACCUGGAGCGCACCACGCGCGUCAGCCAGGCCGCCAUCCUCAACGACGUGCCUGUGGGCCGCAAGACCAAGAUCGUGUGCACGCUGGGCCCCAGCUGCUGGUCCGAGGAGGGCCUGGGCGGGCUGCUGGACGCGGGCAUGGACGUGGCGCGCUUCAACUUCAGCCACGGCACUCACCAGGCGCACCAGGAGGUGCUGGACCGCCUGCGCAAGGUAGUGGAGGCGAAGAAGCGCCACACGGCCUUCCUGCUGGACACCAAGGGCCCCGAGAUCCGCACAGCCAUGCUCAAGGACGGCAAGGACAUUGAGCUUGUCGCGGGGCAGGAGGUGACCGUGGUGGGUGUCGGUGAGGACUACGACAAGUGGGAGGGCUACAAGGACGAGAAGACGGGCGAGACCAAGAUCGGCAUCAGCUACGCCAAGCUGUGCGCCAGCAUCAAGGUCGGCGGCGUCAUCCUCAUUGCCGAUGGCGCCAUCAGCAUCGAGGUGGUCAAGAUCCUCAACGACCGCGAGCUGUUGGGCAGCGUCAUCAACAGCCACAAGCUGGGCCAGCGGAAGAACUGCAACCUACCCGGCGUGCACGUGGACCUGCCGGUGCUCAGCCCCAAGGACAUUGACGACGUCCAGAACUUCGCGGUGAAGAACCAGAUGGACUUUAUUGCCGCGUCGUUCGUGCAGUGCGCGGAUGAUGUCAAGAUGAUUCGCCGGGUGCUGGACGACGCGGGCGGCUACCACAUCAAGAUUAUCUGCAAGAUUGAGAACGAGGCGGGCCUGCGCAACAUCGACACCAUCCUGGAGGUCACGGACGGCAUCAUGGUGGCGCGUGGCGACCUGGCCAUGGAGGUGCCCGCGGAGAAGAUCGCGCUGGCUCAGAAGAUGAUCAUUGCCAAGUGCAACGUGCUGGGCAAGACGGUCAUCACCGCCACCCAGAUGCUGGAGUCCAUGACCGGCUCGCCGCUGCCCACUCGUGCGGAGAUGACGGACGUGGCCAACGCCGUGUACGACGGCACCGACGCCGUCAUGCUCAGCGGCGAGACCGCCAACGGCGCCUACCCGCACGCCGCGGUUCGCACCAUGGCGCACAUCGUGGAGUACGCGGAGCUGGGUGUGGACUACGCCUUCCACCACGACUGGGUCAAGCGCCACAACGCCGGCCUGGCUCCGGUCAGCCCCCUGGAGGCCACACUGGCAUGUGUGGCCAAGUCUGCCAUCACGUUCUCCAUGGACGCUAAUGGCGAUGGUGUGCUGGACGCAUCGGAGGGCUGCGUGGCGGUCGUGUUCACGCGCAGCGGCCUGGCGGCGCAGGUGAUCGCCAAGUACCGGCCGCCCUGCCCGGUCAUUGUGCUGAGCGACCACGACUGGGUGCUGCGCCAGGCCAGCCUCACCUACGGCCUGUACCCGCUGCGGGUGGAGGUGUCGGGCAUGGAGGACCGCCGCAAGGCCGUGGAGACGGCCAUCGAGUACGGCAGGCAGCGCAAGCUGGUGUACGACGGCAAGAACAUCCUGGUGGUGACGGGCAGCGGCGAGCCGUUCGCGGACACGGUGGCGGAGAUGUACGUGGACCAGAUCGGCUCUGAGGGCGGAGCCGGCUGGGUGCGCCGCGCCGUCAGUUGCAAGCGCAGCCUGAGCGUCGGCCAGCCCAUGCACAUCGAGUACAAGUCGCCCUUCGCCGGUAACUCGGUGGUCUGCGUGCAGUCUCUGCGCAUCACGCCGGAGCUCAUCAUUGAGCGCCAGUUCAACCACCGCUCCACCAAGAUCUUCGCCAGCCUGGGCCCCGCCAGCUACGACCCCAAGAAGGUGGAGGCCAUGCUGGACAACGGCGUCAGCGUGUUCCGCAUCUUCCUGCACGAGGCACCCACCGACUUCUACCAGAAGCUGGUGGACCGGCUCCGCGAGCAGUUCGAGCAGCGCCGCGAGAAGUGCUCCUACACCACCAUGCCCGGCCUCAUGGCCACCAUCAAGGGUCCGGAGGUGCGCACGACGCUGCUGCGGAACCACGCGCCGCUCAGGCUGGCGACCGGAGAGACGGUGGUGCUGGUGCCCACCUCGGACCCCCUAUUCGAGGGCUUCACCGGCGCCGACGGCAUUCACAUUGUGGGCGUCAACUUCCCCACCCUCACCGCCAAGCUGCGCGCUGGCGACGUGCUGGUGCUGGCGGAGGGCACCAUCUCCCUGACUGUGAAGGAGGUGGUCCCGCGCCUGGCGGCCGUUGCGCCCGGCGGCGGCGCUGACGGCAGUGUUGCGUACAUGCACGGCAAGGUGAUCACCAAGGUCACCACAGCGGCCAAGCUGGGUGAGGACCGCGCCAUCGACCUCGCGGGUGGCUGCCUGCUGCAGGACAACUUCCUGGGCGACCGCGACUGCGAGGCCGUCCUGUUCUGCGCCAAGAAUAUGAUCGACUUCGUGAGCAUCCCCAACGUGCGCUCGCGGGCGGACGUGAUGGCGGUGCGCGAGCUCCUGGACGCCAACGGCGGCGCGCGCUGCAAGAUCAUCUCGCACGUGUCCACGGCCAAGGCCAUCGCCAACUACGAUGAGAUCCUGGAUGCCACCGACGCCGUGCUCAUCUCGCGCGCGUACAUGGGCAUGCGCAUCCCCGCGGCCAAGGUGUCCCUGGCCCAGAAGUGGAUGACUGCCAAGGCCAACCUGAAGGGCAAGCCGUGCAUCGUCAGCGCGCAGAUCAUGUAUAGCAUGGUGGACAGCCCCCGCCCCACCCGCGCCGAGAUGACGGACGUGGCCAACGCGCUGUACGACGGCGCCGACGCGCUGAUGCUGCGCGAGGAGACCGCCGUGGGCUCGUUCGUGGAGCGCGUGGUGUCCAUCACCGCCGACAUCCUGCGCGACGCCGAGGUCGGAGUGGACACCUACGCGCAGCUCAACCAGCUGCGCAACUUCACGCCUAAGCCCAUGCCCACCCUGGAGUGCCUGUGUUCCUCGGCGGUCAAGGCGGCGGUGGACAUGCGCGCGGCGCUGAUUGCCGUCAUCACCGACACCAGCGCGCCCGUGCGCGCCCUGGCCAAGUACCGCCCUGGCCAGGCCAUUGUGGUGGUGACCACGCGCACGCACGUGGCGCGCCAGUGCAACAUGAACUACGGCUGCGUGCCGCUGCUGCUCCGCAGCAAGGACCGCGACGCGCCGCUGGACAAGAUCGUGAGCAAGAUCGUGGACUUUGCGCGCACCCAGAAGCUGGCUGCAUUCCAGGCCGGCGACGACCAGGGCGACCAGCUCAUCAUCGUGCAGGGCCCCUCCAACCGCACCUUUGCCACGGAGGAGGACCUGGCGGAGAUGCAGUUCGUGACGCGCAUUAUGGGCGAGGAGGCGUCCGAGGUGUGCGCCAAGCUCGGCUACACUGGCGCUGACACCAUUGCCUACCGCUCCACCAAGGUGGGCCUGGACCUCAUCUGCGGCCCCACCGACACGCGCACCCGCAAGACUAAGGUGGUGUGCACGCUGGGCCCCAAGUGCUGGAGCAAGGAGGGCCUGGAGAUGCUGGUGGACACCGGCAUCAACGUGGCCAGGUUCAAUUUCAGCCACGGCAGCCACGCCGACCACCAGGAGGUGCUGGACCGCCUGCGCCUGGUGCUGGACGAGCGCGGCGCGCGGCACCGUGUGGCGCUGCUGCUGGACACCAAGGGCCCCGAGGUGCGCACCGCCAUGCUCAAGGACGGCAAGGACAUCAACCUGGAGGCGGGCCAGGAGCUGACGGUGGUGGCGGUAGGCGACAAGUACACCACCUGGGAGGGCUUCAAGGACGAGGCGACGGGCGAGACCAGGAUUGGCCUCAGCUACCAGCACCUGUGCCGCGAUGUCAAGGUCGGCGGCAUGAUCAAGAUCGGUGACGGCCUCAUCACCCUGGAGGUGCUGGAGAUUCUGUCGCCCACGGAGCUGAGGGUGCGCGCGCUGAACAGCAAGGCGCUGGGCCAGCGCAAGAACGUCAACCUGCCGGGUGUGCACGUGGACAUGCCUGUGCUGGGCCCCAACGACAUCAACGACGUGCAGAACUUCGCCGCCAAGAACAACAUGGACUUUGUGGCGGCGUCCUUCGUGCAGAGCGCCGAUGACGUGCGCUUCAUCCGCAAGGUGCUGGACGAGGCGGGCGGCAAGAACGUGCGCAUCAUCUCCAAGAUCGAGUCCACCGCCGGCCUGAUCAACUACGACGCCAUCCUGGCUGAGAGCGACGGCAUUAUGGUGGCACGUGGCGACCUGGCCAUGGAGAUUCCCUCGGAGAAGGUGGCUCUGGCCCAGAAGAUGAUGAUCACCAAGGCCAACAUUGCGGGCAAGUUCGUCAUCACCGCCACCCAGAUGCUGGAGUCCAUGAUUAAAUCGCCGCUGCCCACUCGUGCGGAGAUGACGGACGUGGCCAACGCCGUGUUCGAUGGCACCGACGCCGUCAUGCUCAGCGGCGAGACCGCCAACGGCGACUUCCCCCAGCUGGCGCUGGCGACCAUGUGCGCCAUCUCCGCCAACGCAGAGGUGGGCACCAACUACCCGCAGGUGUACGACUUCAUCCGCGACUUCUCUGCGCGCCCCAUGUCCACCGCCGAGGCGGUGCUGGGCUGCGCCGCCAAGAACGUGCUGGACGUGGACGCGGCGCUCAUCCUGGUCAUCAGCUCCACCGGUGCCAGUGCCCGCCUGGUGGCCAAGUACCGCCCGCGCGUGCCGGUGCUGCUCAUCACCGACUCCAUGGCCGCCGCGCGCUCCGUGGCGCCGCUCUUUGGUGUGUACGUCAGCAUCGUGGACGAGCUGCCGCCCUCGCGCUUCGACCUGGAGUUUGAGGUGCUGCUGGAGGAGGCGACCCUGUUCGCCAUGGAGGCCGGCCUGUGCCCGCCCGGCAAGGAGGUGGUGGUGGUGCACGGCUGCAACACGGCGGACGCGGAGGACGGGCUGCCCAUGGUGGAGAUCCAGGUGGCGGCGGGCGGCGUGCCGUCGCGCCAGACCAGUGAGGCCAUCAGCGAGACCGUCACGCCCAAGCCCAGCCUGCCGCAGCCCAAGGCCAAGCGCACGGGGCCCAGCCCCUUCGCGCCGGCCGUGCCGCCCAGCCCCGCCACCACCGCCUUCCAGCACGCCUUUUACCUGGGCGGCGCGGGCAUUCACCACGUCACGUCUGGCGUGACGCCCUUCGGCAGCCUGGCAGCCCUGGCCCCGUCCGAGGCGCCGCCCUCGCCCAAGCAGCAGCCCCACGCCACCAACAGGCUCGUCGCCGACGUGGUGGAGGAGGGCGCCUCCAGCGGCGCUUCAGCCGCCGCCGCCCUGCGCGACAACCUGCCCGCCAUCCCCGCCGCCGCCAAGCCCGCCAGCAACGUGGCCUCGCUCACGCCGUCGCCGGCGCCCACGGCCUUGCCCAAGGCCCUCACCGCGGCCGUGAUGGCGGCCAAGACGCUGAGCCUGCGCACCACCGCCAUCAGCCUGGUGGACAUCCUGGACCACAGCCUGCCGGCCGGCCGCAAGACCAAGAUCGUGUGCACGCUGGGCCCCAGCUGCUGGUCCGAGGAGGGCCUCAACGGCAUCAUCAACGCGGGCAUGGACGUGGCGCGCUUCAACUUCAGCCAUGGCACCCACCAGGCGCACCAGGAGGUGCUGGACCGCCUGCGCAAGGUGGAGAAGGCCGGCACCAAGCGAAUCGCCUACCUGCUGGACACCAAGGGCCCCGAGGUGCGCACCGCCAUGCUGCGCGAGGGCAAGGACAUCAAGCUGGACGCCAACCAGGAGGUCACGGUGGUGGCGGUGGGAGACGACUACGACAAGUGGGAGGGCUACAAGGACGAGAAGACGGGCGAGACCAAGAUCGGCAUCAGCUACGCCAAGCUGUGCCAGAGCGUGCGCGUGGGCAGCCGCAUCCUGGUGGCGGACGGCUCGCUGACCAUUGAGGUGCUGGAGAUCACGUCGGCCACGGAGCUGCGCGGCCGCUGCCUCAACACCAAGGUGCUGGGCCAGCGCAAGAACGUCAACCUGCCCGGCGUGCACGUGGACAUCCCCGUGCUGACGCCCAAGGACAUCGAGGACCUGCAGAAGUUCUGUGUGGGCAACGACAUGGACUUCGUGGCGGCGUCCUUCGUGCAGAGCGCCGACGACGUGCGCCUCAUCCGCCGCGUCCUUGACGAGGCGGGCGGCUACAACGUGCAGAUCAUCUCCAAGAUUGAGAACGAGGCGGGCCUCAAGUAUUUUGACGGCAUCCUGGCUGAGAGCGACGGCAUCAUGGUGGCGCGCGGCGACCUGGCCAUGGAGAUUCCCUCGGAGAAGGUGGCUCUGGCCCAGAAGAUGAUGAUCACCAAGGCCAACAUUGCCGGCAAGUUCGUCAUCACCGCCACCCAGAUGCUGGAGUCCAUGACCAGCGCGCCGCUGCCCACUCGUGCGGAGAUGACGGACGUGGCCAACGCCGUGUUCGAUGGCACCGACGCCGUCAUGCUCAGCGGCGAGACCGCCAACGGCAAGUUCCCGCGCCCGGCGGUGGAGACCAUGGCCGCCAUCGUGGCCAACGCCGAGAACGGCACCGCCUACGUGUCCACGCAGUGGUUCAUCCGCGACCACACGCCCAAGCCGUUCGGCAUCACGGAGGCCACCGGCGUGUCGUGCGUGGCUGCGUCCGUGGACUGCAACGCGCAGCUGAUCAUCACGCUCACCAGCGGCGGCUACACCAGCCGCUUCGUGUCCAAGUACCGCCCCGCCGUGCCGCAGAUUGUGGUGACGGACUCGGUGCACGUGGCCAACCAGGCCAGUGUGCACUUCGGCCAGUACGCGCUGCUGGUGGGCGACAUCGACUUCAGCACGUGGCCGGCGGACCGCAGCCUGACCGCCAUGGUGGACGAGCUGGUGGCGCAGGCGGCGCUGUUCGCGCAGGACAAGGGGCUGUGGGCCGGCCAGGGCACAGCCAUCCUGCUGCACGGCCGCGACGACCUGUCGGCGGACAGCCAGCCCGUGCUGCGCGCCGUGGACCUGGCCGACCUCGUGGGCGCCGCGCCCGCCGAGCUCACCGCCGCCAGCAGCAAGCUGUCGGCGGGCUCGGGCCCCGGCCGCGCCGGCUCGCGUGAGGUAGGGCUGGGCCGCACGUCCGCCGGCCUGGCGGGCACGUCCGUGAACCGCGCCUUCAGCCUGGUGGUGUAGGUGUGUUGGGCGCAGGAGCGCCAGGAGAGGGUGAGGCAGGGAGCGGGGGACCCGGGAAGGAGAGGCUCCGGGCCGAGAUGUCUGGGUACACCGCGGAGAGUGUGGCGGUGUCACCCGCUGGAAUCAUACCGUGCGUGCGCGUAUAUGGCGGUAGCUAUGUGGUCUUUGCAGCCUGUGAGUUUAAGCUUAUGAGCCCUGGAUAUGGGCUAUCUACGCAUGCGAUUUUUGGAGAUGAUCCCCCCCCAGCGCAGCGUUCCAGGGGGGGGGGCGAAGCGAGGGCCUGUGAACAAUUUCUCACACGUGCUUAUGAUGGUAACGUAUGCGUGUGUGUCGUGCGAUGCGCGAGAUUCUUUUGUUUCCCUGCGUGAUAUGUGGACGUCAAGAGCUAGUGAUCUGACCUGUUGUAUAUACCGCAAUACAAACUGCAUCGGCGAGCGGGUUUGCCAUACCGGUAUGUGAUGGUGACGGAGUACCGGUAGUGGCCUGGAUGGAAGGGAGGGCUCGGAAGCUACUACCAUACAUCGUAUCAACCUGGCGGCGCGGGUUCCAGACCGCUGUAGUUUGUGCGUGCUGGUGUGGCGGACUGCCGUAUUCUUGGUUUCUGCAACCGUUAAAAGGGCUCAGUGGCAAGGGGAGUAAACACGCCCGGGGUCAUGGGGUGGCGAAGGUCGCUGCUUUUGGUAAUGCUGAGGCAGCGAGGCGGGCGGAGGAGUUGGAUGUCUGCGUCUGAGUAGUGAUGUCUGCGGGUUGCAUACUUGGUGUAGCUGAUGGCUGUGAUAUGAUGUGUGCGCUCUGGAACGGUGGCGAAGCCUUGCACUGCUUAUGCACUGCAGACGGCAAGGCGCUUGGGGACAUGGAAGCUUGACAUGGACGCUUGACAACAGCAGAUCUGAGAGGAGGGGGUUCCAGGGUCAGGCCCAGCUCUGGGCCAAGCUCCCAUGUCAGAUGUGCAUCACGGUUUAAGAAUUACAGCUCAUGUAAACACAAGCCCGCUCGGGGCGGUUUUGCCAGCUGGGAGUGAGAGUGAGGAUACGGCUUGCGCCUGGGGUGGCUUGCGCUAGGCACGCAUGUACGGCAUGCGGCAUAUCAAGUUGCCGAUUGGCGGGUGACAUAGUCGACGCCAGCGCUCCCACCUGUGCCAGUGUGCCUUGUGCAGCUUUGCUGCCAGGGCCAGCCACAAAAAAAGCCUGAAUUGGGGCUAGCAGUCUGCAGUGUCGCAUGGUCCACUGCCCUCGUGACUGCCCUGUGCACUAGCGCCUGUUGGCACCUGUGCCUCCGUGCUGUUGGCGUUGCCGGUGCGACUGGACUGUGGAUUGAGACACAGGUGAGAGAGAUGGAAAGGAAAAGCUGUGGAACGGGGGAGUCGGCGGGACGAUGUUGGUUGCGAGACUUGCCAGUUGCAAGGCUUGACACGCAUGUGGGUGAGGCGUCGGGGGCGUUGGGGGCACGCGCACAAUUGGCGCGAAGUUCAC